GUGAAGUGGAGAGGGCAGUGGAGACGAGCGGUGUUUCCAUCCAGCAGCUUCUGUCGACACGAGACGAGGGACAGACCAUAAUGUCUCUAACGGUGUUAACCUCCUGCAGACUGAGAUCCCUCUGCAGACUUCAGCGCAUCCAGGGACACAUGAUGUCCAGUCAUGUGGAAGCAGGCGUGUUGCUGGAGAAGGUGGGCAGAGCCGGUGUGAUCACCCUGAACAGACCCAAAGUCCUGAACGCCCUGAACCUGCCCAUGAUCCGACAGAUCUACCCUCAGCUCAAGACGUGGGAGAAUGACAAUGACACUGACCUUGUCAUUGUCAAAGGAGCUGGUGGGAAAGCUUUCUGCGCUGGUGGAGACAUCAGAGCGGUCACAGAAGCGGGGAAGGUCGGUGACCCUCUUGCACAGGACUUUUUCCGGGAGGAAUACAUUCUCAACGAGGCUAUAGGAUCAUACAGAAAGCCGUACAUCGCCCUUAUUGAUGGAAUAACCAUGGGAGGGGGCGUGGGUCUGUCGGUCCACGGACGUUUUCGAGUGGCCACCGAGAAGACGCUGUUUGCCAUGCCGGAGACGGCCAUCGGGCUUUUCCCCGACGUGGGAGGUGGUUAUUUCCUGCCGAGGCUCCAGGGCCGAUUGGGUCUGUUUCUGGCUCUGACGGGAUUCCGCCUCAGGGGACGUGAUGUGCACAAAGCCGGAGUGGCCACUCACUUUGUUGAGUCUGAGAAGAUCCCCGAGCUGGAGAAGGAGCUGGUGGACUUAAAGUCUCCUUCUGCUGAAGACAUCAGCCGAGUGCUGGACACCUACCAGAACCAGAGUCGUCUGGAUUCUGAGAAGCCUUUUGCUCUGCACAAGCACAUGUCUGAUAUUGACAGGCUGUUCAGCUCCAGCAGUGUGGAGGGAAUAAUACAGAAUCUGAAGGCAGACAGUUCUGAGUUUGCUAAGAAACAGGCUGAGACUUUGUCCAAGAUGUCUCCCACUUCCCUGAAGCUCACCUUCAGGCAGCUGCAGGAGGGCGCCGCUCUGAGCCUGCGGGACGUGCUGGUGAUGGAGUAUCGACUGGGCCAGGCCUGCAUGAGGGGCUGUGACUUCUAUGAGGGAGUCAGAGCUGUGCUCGUGGACAAGGACCAGAGUCCCAAGUGGAGCCCGUCCACGCUGGAGGAGGUGUCCGAGCAGAGCGUCGAGCAGUGCUUCUCCUCGCUGGGAGACAAGGAUCUGACUUUCUGAUGGCCCGUCAGCCAGCAGCUGUUUCCCACCUCCGAAUACACACUCACACACGCACACACACACACACACACACACACACACACACACACACACACACACACACACACACACACACACACACACAAACACACACCACUAAGCCUUCUGUAAACAACUGCUUCCUGUCCCCACAUCCCUGUAUGGUCAUGUGAGAGGACUCUACUACUGAGGAUGGGAGAGGCUGUUAUUUUAGGACACUUAGAUCUGCAGUGGUUCAUCUCUCUACUUUUUAAAUAUUGGUGACGUUUAACAGAAGAAACCUCACACAGGCUGCUCCUCUGCAGCUGAGGAAGAGAAGGUCUGACUCACGCUCAAGGCCAGAAAUGGGAGAUGAAAGUAUGAGAGGAAGCUAUACCAGACACCAUGUGUAGGACGCACACCGUGAGAAGCACAGAGAGUGUUGCUCUGCAGUGGAAGUGGAGUCUUCUCUACAGACGCUGUGGAGCAGUGACUCUUUCUGCUGCAGCCGAGCAGCAGCGUUGCUUCCCCGUGAGGACACAGGCAGGAAAAGGGAUCUGACCACUGAGUGCUUCAGGACAUUUCCUGUGGGUGUUGGUUGAUGUGACACAGAUCAGUAUCAUCUGUGUUUCUGCAGAAGGCCCAUGACUCUCAUACAGAUAAACGCAUUCUCUCUAUUUCACCAGUUUUCCUAAUUUAACAGUAUUUUCUUUGUAGUGGUGCCUGUUUUUAUAAAACGUGAAUAAAAACGCUCAUCUCUCCCAAAA